GUCGGAAGAAGUCGAAGACGCGAAAAGCAAGAAUCACGUGGGUAUACAAAGGAGACUUGUGUUUUGAUAGAUCAGAUCUUGAUUCUCAGCCUUUCAUUCAAUGCAUAAUCGACUCGUCUAAAAGCAUUGGGUUUGUCAUUCAUUGUCAGCGGUUAAUCAAGAUGAGCGUACAACGGAUUGGCCUCGGUGUCGUGCAAGGCGCUGGACGACCUCGGGUCUUCUUCAACCAGAAUGUUCCGAAAUUGGCCUUGACCCAUCUGUUGUCUCAGCAAGCACGAGAACGUCCAGCAAUUGUUCACAUGAACCAAAAGGAAGGCCACGACAUCCUCGUCAAACAACGUCUCAGCCGCCCCGUCACCCCAAACCUCACAAUCUACAAGAUCGGACAAGUCUGGUUCAGUGCAUCAGCAUGGACUCGAAUAACAGGUAUUUCUGUAGGUGGUACAGCUUACCUGACUCUAAGCGCCCACGCUGUGGCUCCUUAUCUUGGAAUGGGAUUUGACUCAGCUGCUUUGGUGUCGACUUUCGGCGCAUUGCCUUUCGCUGCCAAGGCCGCAAUCAAGUUUGGAUUACUCGGGUUUCCGUUUACGUAUCAUUUUAUUAAUGGUAUUCGGCACUUGGUGUUUGAUUUGGGAUUUGGAUAUACGAAAGCUCAAUUCAAGAAGUCAGAGGCAGCGACGUGGAUACUGAGUAUUCUUGGUGGUCUCGUCUUGGCCUUCUGGAUCUAG